AUGGACUCCGUGGGUGACGGCGAGCACUUGGUGGUGUGCCGCGGCCCGCUGGAGCACCCCCGUCGGCUUGAGCUGCGCAGGGUGAGGCUGCAGCGGCCGGGUUUGUCCGCGCCGGGCGAGGCUCUCUGGUCCCUACCCCUUAGCCUUCGGGCUCGCGGUGAUCACUACGCGGAGAACGGCUACGCUUCGUCGGCGGAAGGGGGACAAGGGGGUUACAGCAGCGGGGAAGACAUGGAAGAGGAGGACGGAGAAGAAGAGAUGCUUCAUGGGCCAGGAAUGGACGGCAUCGGGGACGAGGAGCCUGCUUCCGUGGCGGUGACGGAGAGCUCGGACGGCUUCUUGGUGGUUGCUGUGGUGUCUCGGGUCGAGAUGCAGGAGGACGAGGACAGGGUGUACCACGUUUUCGUCGCACCGGGCCCCUCCUACCUGGCCGCCGUUAACGCCUCUGCGGAAACCCCGUUCGUCGGUGCGGCGUUCUCCUACAUCGUGCCGGGGAGUGGCGGGGCUCCGGUGCCAUCCAUAGCGGCGCAUGACGUCGGGGGUGUGGAUGGCGCUGCCGGGGCGGGGGAAGAGCGGGUGUACGUGAUCGUGCUCAAUGCUGUGGACGCCAUUCGUGUGGUGGAGGUGAGGCUACACACGGAGGGCGCGGGGCAGGCUUCUCCACCUUCACCUUCGCCAGGAGGCGGCAAGUGCCCGGCGCGCGUUCCCGUUGGAGGCCGUAGGUUGUCACCUCUUCCGUUCGACACAACGUUCACGAUACGGCCUCCGGAACCCCUUCAAGCAAGUAGCAAAUCGCGCGGCGAUGGUGCCGGCGGAAGAGCCGGCGGUGGCGGUGGCGAUGUUGGCGGAAGUGCCAGCGUUGGCGGUGGCAGUAGCAGCAGCUCUGCUGACUCUCUGUCCCUAUGGUGGGCCUGUGGCCGGGACCUCCCGUCGAUCCCCCUUGUCGGCACCCACCGGGUGUUCCCCUUCCGUCGGAGAGGGCCUGCGACUAGCCUUCCAGCCGCUACGGCGGAACCAGCACUGGCGGCGACGGCCCGAGGUGCCGGGCAACUGCGGUCAAGGCGAGAGGGCGGAGAAACGGCGGAACCCGCAGCAGAAUUACCUUCUGGGGGGAGUUCGAUCUCACGGCCGACCGAGGGCGAUGCAGACGGGCAAGUGCUGACACGGAGAAGUGGUGGCCGGGUGAGCAGCGACAGCGGCAGCAGCAGCAGCGGUAGCGACCGGGGUUUACCGGCGGGACGCGGGGGCAUUGGCAGCGGCGAUCGAACAGAAGCGGAACGUGUGGCGGUAGCAGGGGUUGGAGGAGCGGAAGAGGGGCGCCACACCGCAGAACCGGCAUCCGCAGCAGCAGCAGCAGCAGCAGCAGCGAGUGCAGAUCGAAGUUUGGGAAGGAGGAGACGAGCGUACGCGAGCAGCGACAAGAGCCGGCAGCGCGUGCUCGAUCUCGAGGUGUUCAUCUCGCAGCUUUUGCUACGGAGAGAGGCGUUUCCCGAUUCAAAGACGCCACACCCAUCCCGGUCACCACCACUGCCUCCGCCACCGCCUCUAGAGAGCAAGCCAACCGAGGCAAAAACGGUAGCUGCAGCGGCGGUGACGAGCGGCGACGUGGGGGGCGAGAGCGCAUAUGCCGGCGGUGGAAGCGGGGGGGACGCGUCCCGGGCGGAAGGUGCGGAUUCCAACGGCGGUGUUGGCGAGGGCGACGCGGAUGGGUUUUCGGCGAAUGCCCCCUCUGUCCACGCCACGGACUACCACUGCGUGACGGCCGGCCUAAGGGAUGGAGGGCGAGGAGUGUUGCUCAGCUUGGUCGUCAAAGUGAUGUACACCGGGCCCCGCCGCAAGAGAAAAAGGGGGGGGGGAAGGGGCGACGGAAGAGAGGAACGAGGAGGAGCAAAGACGGGGGGAGGAAGUGCCACGGGGACGAGGAACGGCAGUGGUGGCGAUGCCGGUGCUGCUGUGGAGGGCCCGUUCCUUGUUAGUUACAUCUUGGAUCUCGACCUUGAAAGCGGAGAGGUUGCGGUACUGGGGUCCGGACGAAGUGAAGGCCGCCGUAGAUGCGCCUCGAUGUGCGAAAAGAUGGCUAGGUGCCUCCGCUAUCACGACGCCGCCCCCGUUAUCGACGAUUUCCACGUCGACCGCCCGGGGCGCAGGCUGAGUAACACCGCCGUGUUUCAAGGCCGUUCGGUCGGAGCGAUCACAAACCCCGUGUACCCUGUGGCCAUCGUGAUGGAGGAUGAAGACUAUUAGUCAUGAAUGUUUUUUCUGUUGCUUGUUGUAGUUUUUGGAGUGUUGGCGACGGUGAUCGGGAAGCAAAAUACCCAGCCACAUUCGCUCUCCUUGCUUUGGUGAAUGACAGCUGUCGUUUGUUUAUUGCAAACCUGCCGGUACGCCGCAAUCGCUUGCACGCCGAGUCAAUUUUUCCACGCUUCCGCUUCCUGGCCAAGAUUUUCUCAAUGAGGUUCUGGCCUGUCUGUUUCCCGCAAAAUUCUCUCUUGCGAUUAUCCAAGGCCAUUUUUUUCGUCAAGAGCAGGAACAGGCUCGACCUCAGAAGAGUGACGCGGGGUUGGGAAGGUCGGUCGCGAGCGUUUCAUAGAUCCGCGUGUGGACUUGGUGCUCGUUGCCAAGAUUUUGUGGAAAAAUAUUACCCCGAGGGAGCGGGGGGUAGCCACGACCCACGGCCACACAGGUUUCGGUACCCCAUAGUUUUCGAUAGAACCUGUCCAUUGUCGGUUGUUCUUUCGGGUGUAUACGCUCGGGGAGCACCACUGUAGAAUAGGCGGCGAGGUUUGUUUGACGGGUAUUGUGCUACACAUGCGGCACCCCCAAGAGUGUUUACGAUAAAAUUAUGGCGUACAGAUAUGGAUGGAUGGAUGGAUGGAU